AUUCUAGAUCUAGAUCUACUAGAUCUAUCUAUUGUCUAGUAUAGAUCUAGAUCUAGAUGUCUAGCUCACUAGCUCAGUCAUAGAUUCUAAGUCAUAGCUGUAGCUAGCUAGUUUUACUAGAUCUAGAUUCUAGAUCUAGAAUCUAGGUUUGGGUCUUAUCUCGUAGUAUCUCACAAACUACUGAACUAGAGAUCAUAAUAAUAAAUUUUUAAUAAUAAUAUUAAAUUAUUAUCUACGGCGUUACGCUUUGCGGCUACGAUAAACUAUUUAAGAGGACUAUAUUGACGUGUUAAGCCAUAAAAAAUGGAUGGCUGUGGAGAUUCAACAAACCAGGAUUCUGUGGAACAAAAGCAGGAUGGAGCAACACCAAAUGAAUGCUUCAGUUCAUUUGGACUAAGCUUUGAGAAAAAGAUUCUUAGGGCAGGCAAUGGUUUUAUCAAACCAGUCCAUCAGUCAUUGUGUACAGUUGAUGUCAUCUGUGAGUCUCAUGUUGAGCAAGAAAGGAUCACUAUGACAAAUCUAGGUCUUAGUUGUGGUGAAAAUAUUGAGCUCAAGUUAGGUUCUGCUAAAACCCAUUUCAUGUCUGCUGUGGAGAAGUGCAUCACGACAAUGUCAGAAGGGGAAACUGCAUAUUUUAACAUAAAUCUAACAGAAUCACAGACAUUUUCUAUUAAAAUAAGCCUCAAAAAAUUUUCACAGGAAAAGCCAAUCUGGCAACUAUCAUCCCAAGAAAAAUAUAACCUUUCCCUGGCACAUAAAGAGAAAGGCACACAUUUUUUUAACAGUGGGAACAUUGAGGCUGCUUUUCUUCAAUAUUGCCUGGCUGUAAAGUACUUGAUCUGCAUCCAAGAGUGUUCCUCUGUGCUCAAGACAGACCUUGAGCCUGAAGUGGAGGCCAGAAAAAAAGUAUACUUAGCUCUUAAAACAAUUUGUUAUCUGAAUAUUGCAGCGUGUCAUAGUAAAGUGAACAAUCAUCACCAUGUGAUCGCAGCAUGCAACCAUGUUCUUGAGCUAGACAAAACCAAUGUCAAGGCUUUGUACAGACGUGCAAAGGCUUUUAAAGAUUGCAACAUGAUUGAGGAAGCUAAGAAAGAUCUACAACAGGCGCUUAAAUAUGAUACCCGCAGCAAGGCAGUAGCUGACCUUCUACAAGAAUUCUCUAUAAAAUAACUUCAAGUUCAACAUUUUCUCUGUGAUGCUCAAUAAAUACUGUACUUAACAUAUGCAAAACAGUACCAAAAAAAGGGAACAAAUUUGUUUUGUAAAAU